UCUUCAUACACAUCUAAGGAUGAAGAUAAUUCAGCUGGAUCCAUCGCUCACAUACCGUCCGGAGCCUGAGAAUCACCAAUAUCGCAAUUAUAAGGACUGCCCUCUACUGGACAGAGUGAAAAACACAUACACCUUGAUGCACACAUACCAGACUGUACCGUUUGUGAAAGAGAAGCAUGCACAAUGGGGUUCCUGCACACACAGGAAGAUGAGUGUGAUGGAGGCACUUAAUUUGCUGGAUAAUUUGGUUGAUGAAUCUGAUCCUGAUGUCGAUUUUCCAAACUCUUUCCACGCAUAUCAAACAGCAGAAGGUAUCCGUCGCAUUCAUCCAGAUAAAGACUGGUUCCAGCUGGUUGGCCUUCUUCAUGAUAUUGGAAAAAUGAUGGCCCUAGAUAAUGAACCUCAGUGGUCAGUGGUUGGAGACACAUUCCCAGUGGGCUGCAAGUUCCAACAAUCCAUUGUGUUCAGUGACACCACAUUCCAAGACAAUCCAGACACAAAGCACCCAAUAUACAGCACAAAAUAUGGAAUUUACAAGCCAAACUGUGGUCUAGAGAAUGUGCUUAUGUCAUGGGGCCAUGAUGAGUACCUGUAUAAAGUGCUUACGUUUAAUAAGUGUUCCAUCCCCGAAGAGGGUCUUUACAUGAUUCGGUUCCAUUCAUUUUACCCAUGGCACACUGGGGGAGAUUACCAACACCUCUGUAAUGAUAAGGACCAUAGAAUGUUGCACUGGGUGAAGGAAUUCAAUAAAUUUGACCUGUAUACAAAAACCGAGGAUCUUCCAGAUGUGGAGCUUCUACAACCAUAUUACCAGGAGUUAAUAGACAAAUACUGCCCUGGUGUGCUGAGCUGGUGAUCCUUACUUUCAGGAGUUCAGAGCAACAUGAAUACAUCUCCUAUGCUCUGUAGGACUCUGACAUUUUCCAUUCUACCAAUUUACUUGCUGUUUCCCCACUCAAUUCAGCAGUUCUGAUAAAACCAGUUUAAUCUUCCCUCUCUCUCAGCAUUAUUCCUCACUACAUGAGGGCUUUGUGUCACAGUCCAUUCUUUGAAAAAAAAAAAAAAGACUUUGCAUUUCUCUCCGAAAUCCGCCAAGUGUGUUUGCACCGAAGCCGACACAAUGUUUCAGGACACGAAAAAAGAAGCAAGUUACUGCCCGCAGUAGGGGAUGUAAACAGAAUGUGGAUUUCAGCAGGAUGAUUUCACCCCCAUGUGGUCGUAACCUAAUACAUAAAAUAGGAAAAGGGAGCCCAGACCAAUGGUGUAUUAGAGCUGUCUCAAAAACCAAUUUGGACACAAAGCCUUCAUGUAGAGAGACACAUUGCCGAGAGGAUUGUGAAGAUUAACUUGAAUAUCUCAGAUACAGUACAGAACUUGUAAUUUAAUAUAUUUAGAAUGUUUAUUUUCAUGAGAUGAAGGCUACAUUAUUUUUUUUAAUAUACUUUUUUCUCCUCAAAGUCCCCCCCAAUACAGAUUCAGGCUUGGGGACACAAUUUUUGGGUAUCACAUAGAAGUAUCUUGACCUCUGCCCCUAUUGUAUUUAAUUCAAGGGAUGGGACUUGUCACAUGAGACACAAAAGACUCCCAAACAAGACAUCAGUAGUGGGGCUUCCCUAUACUUACGUUUUGUUCAUAUGGUCAAGGAAUAUCUUUAGUGUGCACUUUCCCACCUGGAGUUUAAAAAUGAUCCUUGUAUGUACGCAUAGAGUUGUUGGGUGGCUCAGAAGUACUAAAGUGUUAACUUCAAAAUUCUUUGUGCACAUUACAAUUUGUUGUGCUGGUAUGAUUACAUUAUAUGAGGGAAUAUUUGAUCUAAGCUCUCCCACUGCUUUUAUCCCAAAUCAAAAUCAGCCUGACUUUCAAAGCAACAGAGCAUCUCCCAGUGGGGCCAGGCCCUCAAAGCAAUUUCCAUCAACACUUCCACCUACAGUAUGUGACAUAGUACAGUCUACAUAUGAUGCUUGCAGGAUGGGCACUGGAUGUGAAGUUCUCUGUUGGUCCAUAGAGACUGUCCAACACUACUCCAGACCAACUCCCAAAGAUCAGUUGGCCACUUAUCCAUUAAGAUCACAUAAUCCCCCCCCUAUUAGUUUUAUCAUUGUUGUACCACUAUAUUUAUAUACUACUGUUUACUGUAUUCCCAUAUUACUAUUCACUGCACAAGAUCUCAAGUGUACCACAACUAAUGGCAUAAACUGUAAUAAACUUGACAUAAUACCAUGA